CAUAUGAUAAAGUGGACGACAAGAGUAAGUUAGAGCAGUGUGUGAGAGGGCUGCUGAGUAACUGCAGCUCUAUAAAUAAAGCACAGGUUUCUAUCUAGUAAAGAGAGAUCUGUAGAACAUCAUCAGCUGAUCAGCCAUGCGAUUGGUCAGCAUGCAGCAUCGUGUGCGGAGGGCAGCAGAAUCAGAGGAGGAGCCCAAACCUGCUCCACCUCCUCUGCCAUCUCCCUCUCACCACUCCCACAACUUCAUAAACAUGAAGAACAAGUUUUUCAAUGAUCUUAGCCAUCUAUCUAACCCCAAGAUCAGAAUGCCCAUGUGGGCCAUUGGUGCUAUAGUUGUGGUCAUGCUUGCCCUGGUUUGCUGCUUUGCUUUCUGUAUCUAUAAAAAGUGUUUGGGAGGGAAGAAAAAGGCUAAAAAAGUCAGAGAGAGGAAGGGAGGACGAAGAAGGAUGAAAAAGGAAGGAGAGGAAGAAACAGGCGAGGAACAACCUAAAGAAGGAGAUGGCGAGGGAGAGAAAGAAUAUUAUGGCAAGUUGGAGUACAGUCUGGACUAUAGCUUCACUGACAAUCAGCUCAUUGUUGGUGUAUUGCAAGCCCAAGACCUUCCUGCCAUGGAUAUUGGUGGAACAUCUGACCCCUAUGUCAAAGUUUAUAUGCUACCAGACAAGAAGAAAAAGUUUGAAACCAAGGUCCAGCGCAAGAAUCUGUGUCCUGUUUUCAACGAGACAUUCAUAUUUAAGAUCCCCUUUAAUGAUCUAGCAGGACAGACUCUGGUCCUGCAGGUGUUUGACUUUGACCGCUUUGGUAAACAUGAUGUAAUUGGAGAGAUCAAAAUCCCCAUGAACAGCAUUGACCUGGGCCAGCCCAUACAUGAAUGGAAAGACCUGGUCGGAGGAGAGAAAGAGGAACAAGAAAAGUUAGGAGACAUCUGUAUCUCCCUGCGCUAUGUGCCCACGUCUGGUAAACUGACCGUCUGUAUCAUGGAGGCCAAGAACCUGAAGAAGAUGGACGUAGGUGGUUUAUCAGAUCCUUUUGUGAAAGUGGUUUUGCAACACAAUGGAAAGCGUAUCAAGAAGAAGAAGACAACAGUUAAGCAGAACACACUGAACCCCUACUUCAAUGAAAGCUUCAGCUUUGAAAUCCCUUUCGCUCAGAUUCAGAAGAUCCAGGUGUUGAUCACGGUCUAUGACUAUGAUAAACUGGGAAGCAAUGAUCCAAUUGGGAAGUGCUGGAUUGGGUUUGGUGCUAGUGGGGUGGGUCUGCGCCACUGGUCAGACAUGCUGGCCAAUCCCAGACGACCUGUGGCUCAGUGGCACACCCUUCAGCCUGAAGAGGAAGUAGAUGCUGCCCUUAAAGCACCUAUACGCUAAAUAUCUUAUCCGCCCCUCAACUAACAGUUUUCACUCAUCUGGCAAAACAUAAUUUAAAUUUGAUCCGUCCUUUCACUGAGGAGUUUCUGUCUGUUACAUUAUUGAUCAUCAUCCUGUACAGUUCUUUAGUGUGAAACAAAGGAGGAGUAACUUUUAUAAAUUUUAUUAUGUAUAUUAUGUUUAUCUGAAUUGCCCCCCACCCCCUUUUAAAUGUGUUUGUAUGAUUUGGAUAAUUAGUGUGUGUGUUUUGUUUGAAAGUGUUAUAUGUAUGUAUCUGUCUAUAACUCUAUAAGAACUGUUCUGAUUUGUCUCA